GAUGGAUAUGAAGAACCCGAUUGCCGUCCGAGUAAGAAGUCCUAUUUUUCAUUUAAAAUUAAUUGGAAUGCUUAGUGUCCUUCCAAAAUAAGAUUGAAAUAUUUUUCUAUGUUUUGAGUGGGAAUUUUAAUCGGAUAUGAAUUAUGCACAUUUCAGUGACAGCCCUUGUUUAUGUACAAGAAAUUUAAGUCUGUGCAAGCAUUCUGUCCUGCGACAAGCUUUUCGCAUUUUAUUUUAUCUCAUUAGAAAGAAAGAUUUUGAUUUAGGUAUGAUCCAUAGGCGGAUAUAUGGGGGGGGGGGGGUUCCCUCCUACAAUCUCUCUAACCCCUCAUCUAAAGUGUUCAACCCCACUAAAAUUUUGCUUCAUCCCUCCUAUUUUGUGUGAAAGUCUCUGACGUUAAUGCUUAUAACCCCUGUCGAAGAUCGCUCAGUGGUGCCGCUUGCACCCCACCAGACAUUUUUCUACCCCUCCUUUAAAAAAAUGAAAAUCCGCCCUUGUUAUGAUCCCACUCUGCAGUACUUCAUCUAGUUAAGUUGCAGUCUUUUCAUGUAUGUGUUAAUAAAAGAAGGUUAAUGUAAAACCCGUGGAUAUCAAAUGCGAUUCUUAUAUGUCGCAGUGCCAAUUUUUCAUAUCUUUUUUCUGUAGUUGAUGUUGAUGAAUGUACAGCCACACCUCCGAAAUGUGCAGGAGCAGGUCAAAGAUGUACCAAAUUUCCAGGAGCAUAUCGCUGUAACUGUGUCAGUCCUAGACAACAACUUAAUGACGACGAAUCAGCAUGUAUUGGUAUGUACGGAGCACAUAACAAUACAAUAGCUUUGUGUGCCUAUGGAUUCAUCUACUCUUUUCACAUACCUGAUUUUUUCAUGUGUCCUCUCAACGAGCUAUCGUGCAAUUUAAGGAUAAUAAUUGCUGUUUGCCCUAAACUUCUUUUCUAAAGAAUUGGACGGGACUCUCAAAUCUAUAUUUAAAAUUUUCUAUAUCGUACUUUAUAUAACGUUGUAUAUCUUGCGUUGACCUACCUUGCCUGAAUUCACCUUAUAUUACUCCAACUUGCCUCGUCUUGCUACAUGUUACCUAAUCCUACCAUACCUAAAUUUACCAUUUCUAUCCUGCCUUGCCUAGCCUGCGUAGUGGCUCUCAGGGAAACUGAGAGCCAGCACGAAACCCCAUGUUUUGCCGUUUGUACUCGAGAACGAGAAAACUGAUUGGUUCAAAACGACAAAGAUGCUAAUUUAUGCUAAACUCAUCAUUGAUUGAUAGCAUAAAUUGUGAAUAAACAUGGUGUAUGCAUUUGAAGGGUGUUUCUUGAGAGUUUUGUAUUCCUCGAUUUCACAUGUAAGGAUGAACAUGAGCGGCGGUUGUGUGCUUGUGAGCUCUGAUUAUAUCUUUUAUUUUUGAGCUCAAAGCCUCAAACGUUAUUAUAUACAUAAUGCCUGAUACAAUAACAUCUCUAAAGAAAGAAAACGAUGCUCUUAAACGAUAAAUUGAAUCUUUAAAGACGAAUUUUGGCAAACUACAAGAAAUGAUGGAACGCCAUGAAGAACCAGUGAAGCAAGACGACCUGAGUAAAAUUUUGCAAACUCAAAUCCAUACCUUACAAAGUAGCCUUCAGUUUCUAAGUGACAAAUACGAUUCUGAGAGUACUUCUAAAGCUGAAAUGAAAAAGGAAAUGAACAAACUAAGCUCAAAAUUGGCAGAAAUAGCCAUCAAAGUCGACCACGUUGGCGAUGCGCUUGAGCAACUUCUGGAAUAUAGUUAUCAGUAUAAUAUUAAAAUUCUUGGCCUUUCAGAACGAAGGGAAAGGGAAUCGGCGAUUGAAACCAGCUCAAUGUGUGUAGAUCUUUUUAAAUCGAUGGGAGCUGAUAUAAACCUUAGCGACAUUGAUAUCGCUCAUCGUGUCCCCAGCCGAAGACAAGAUGGCAAACCGCGUCCGAUAAUCUGGAAAUUUGCUCGUCGAAUUGCAAAAGAGAUUGUGAUGAAUCGACGAAGCGAAACCUCUUAAAGUCAACUCAUCCGUACGAAUGUUCGACCAUUUAACUCCGAAAAAUCAGCAAAUUUUAUUCGAAGCGAGAUCAUUUAAAGAAAGAAACGAUUAUCAAUUUUGCUGGACAAAGAACUCUGUCGUUUAUUUAAGGAAGAAUCCUUCCUCCCGCGCUAUCAGAAUAAAAGAUGUUGAAGAUCUUCAGAGAUUAAACGAGUGACAGUGUACAACAUAACCAGAGCUAAGUUACAGUUAUUAAGUUUAUUUAAUCAUCUAUUCAUUGGAAAGAAUGCAUAUUUUUUUGAGGUCUAAUUCACUAGUUGAACUUCCAUUUUAUAAUGUCGACCUUAUCCAGGAGUUUUCCUUUAAUAACAAUUUAAACCUUCCUACUAUGAAACAUCUUAACAGCUAUUCUAGUAUGUACGACCUGGGGCUUUUUAAUAUAGACACAUCUACCGAUACAAAUGUAGAUAUAAAUUCAAGCCAUCAGUCAAUUCAAUCUCAGUAUUAUUCACCUUAUAAAUUUUCAGAACUUAAGAACUCUGAAACAAAACACAUCAUAUUGAAUAAAAGUUUUUCAAUGCUAGCCUACAUAACAACGUAAGGAGCCUGAAACGCAAUUUGGAAAAUUUGCAAACUCAUUUGUUACAAGAACUAAAUUUUAAUUUCAGCGUAAUAGGUAUUACUGAAACAAAAAUUAGAGAUAAUGACUUUUUAAAUUUUAAUCCUAAUAUGAAAAACUAUAAAUUUGAAUUCGUUCCAACACCUUUAGCUUCAGGAGGCGUGGGGAUGUAUAUUUGUGAUAACCUGAAAUAUACUGUUUUAGAAAAAUGCUCCAAUAAAGAUUUUCAGGCUCUUUGGGUUGAAAUUGAUUUCCCAGAUAAAUCAAAUAUUAUUUGUGGGGUAAUCUACAGACAACAUAACUCCCCAGAGUCAUUUCAAACAUAUUGUGAAGACAGUUUGGACAGAUUUAGUGCUUUGCGAUCAAAUAAGUCUAUAUAUAUAAUGGGUGAUUUUAACAUAAACCUCCUCAAUGCUCAAACCUGCAAAUACACACAAGACUUUUUAUUAACCCUUCAAAGCUAUGCUUUAACGCCAGCCAUUGACAAACCAACGAGAGUUUAUAAUAACUCGGCCACUUUAAUUGACAACAUUUUUGUCAAUAAAAAACCCAAUUCUAAGUGGAAAUAUUGUUUCUGACAUCAGUGAUCAUUUCUCGCAAUUUUGCAUAAUCCAAACAUACAAUAAAACAAAACAUUUAUAUCAACAUCAAAGCAAAGUACGAGAUUUUUCACAUUUUUUACCGUUAGAUUUUAAGAAUGAUUUAACACAAAUUAAUUGGAAUUCUAUUAUCGACAGUAAAAAGAGAAUAUAGAUAUAUUAUUUACAACGUUUUAUAUUAAAUUACAUAAACUAACAAAUAAACAUACACCCUUAAAAUUAAUAUCCAAACGUAAGAUUAAACAGUCUGUUAAACCAUGGAUAACAAAAGGCAUUAAAAAAUGCAUUAAGAUAAAAAACAAACUAUUCUAUUCUGGAAACAAAGAGAAAUAUAGAUUGUACCGAAACAAAAUAACUAACUUAACUUGGAUGAGCAAAAGGUUUUAUUUUGAGGAAUAUUUUUAAAAUAAUCUUAAAAAUAUCAGGAAAACUUGGGAAGGUAUCAACAAUAUAAUAAAUCGUAAGAAAAAAAGUUGAAAACUGGUUACAAAAAUGAGGUGUCCAAUCAAAAAUGAAAUAGCUACGAGUCCUACAGAAAUUUCGUCCAAUAUUUUUAACAAACAUUUCUCAUAUAUAAGGGAAAAAUUAGCUGUUAAGUUACCCAAUUCAAGUAAACAUUUUAGCUAUUAUCUUAAUACCAACAAUUAUCCAAAUUCAUUCUUUUUUAAACCCGUUACGUCUUCUGAAGUUGAAUCCGAAAUCAAUUCAAUGCCAAAACAAACGGUCUUUACUCUGUCCCAUGUAUGCGUAUACUAAAAUGCAUAAAAGAAAACAUAUCGUGGCCGCUGACUGAAAUAAUGAAUCUUUCAAUUCAAAAUGGAGUAUUUCCCAGAAAACUUAAACAUGCUAAGGUAAUUCCUGUUUAUAAGGAUGACGAUGAGACUGGUCCAGGAAACUACAAGUCAAUUUCACUGCUUUCUAAUUUCAGUAAAAUAUUUGAAAAAUUGAUGUAUAAGCGUCGACGUCUUAAACAUUUUAUCGAUAAAAAAACAGUACGGUUUUAGAGACCAACACUCGACACAAUAUGCAAUUACAGACAUUGUAAACAACAUUCAAAAUAAUAAGGAGAAAAGACUGUUCUCAUGUGGAAUAUUUCUUGAUUUAAAGAAAGCUUUUAAAAAAUUGUGAUACUUGUGUUUACGAAUUUGUUCAUGAAGAGCGAUACACCGGGUGUGGUGUCUUCAUUGGAUGCAUUUUCGUUUUCAUCAAUGUCAAAUAGAUUUUUUCUUGAUGAUUUUGUAGUGAUGAUUUUUGCAUUUUGCGCCAGGAUAGAAUUUCCGUGAAUGCUUCCGAACGGUACUUGCUCUCUCUGUAGUGACGGCUUCAGACACUUUUCUCUUUCCUGCACCGCCCAAAACUUUGACAUUUACAUCAUGGUUGACCGCUGUCGAAACUAAUUUGUACGUAUCCACGAGAUUUCGUAGCUUUCUCGCAAAUGGACUGUAAGCUACUUGCGACGACGAUAGAGACUGCUCUAGCGCUAGUUUUUCCACGGACGUCAAUCUUUCAGCAAUCACCUCCCCAAAACUUUCCAUUCUUCGACUUGGUUUGAUAUCUUGGCAUUAUCAGAGACAUGGCUAAAUUCGUCCACGACUAAUGCCGAGGUAAAAAUUCAGGAAUACAAUAUAUACAGACUUGAUCGUGAGCACAAAAGAGUGGCGGCGUAUGUAUUUACGUCCGUAAUGAUUUCAAGACAAAAGUUUUGAAAAAUCUCUUGUAUAUUUCUCCAGUAGGUGUCCAUCAACUUUGGUUACAAAUACAAGUGAAUAAAAACAAAUCUAUGAUCGUUUGCGUUACUUAUAGACCACCUGACUGCCCGGUUACAUGUAUACGGGAUGAACUAGGAAAAGAGAUCAUUAUUUUGGGCGAUAUGAAUUGCAAUCUCCUUCAAACAUAUUGUUACGAGUCUAAAAUAUUAUUAGAUACUUGCUCCGAACUACACCUGACCCAACUUAUUAAAGAUCCAACGAGAAUUACAUCUCAUACAAGUUCAUUACUUGACGUUAUUAUGAUUUCGUCCUCCUCUAAGGUAACGUAGCGGGGUUGUUGACAUUGGUAUUAGCGACCAUUCUCUCAUAUACUGUACACUUAAACUUAGAGCUGAUAAGCCCCGACUUGUAUAUAAGGAUGUGAGGAGUUUUAAGAACUACAACUCCGAGAGUUUCAAGGCAGAACUGUCUCAACUUCCGUUUCAUGAAACCUAUCGUAUUAAUGAUGUAAAUGAGAAAAUUGAUCAUUUCAAUCAAUUGUUCAUAAAUACUCUGGACAAACACGCGCCUAUCAAACACAUCAGAAUUAAAGGCAGACUUAACCAGUUUAUUAAUAAAGAAUUAAAGUGCACGAUGAAACUGAGAGACAAAAAGCUGAGAAUUUUUCGCCUCUCACGUAAUGCGGAAGAUUGCGAUGUCUAUAAGCAACUUAAGAAUUCUAUAAAAAAAACAUCUUUAAGAGCAGCAGAGUCCAACUUAGUCCAGAAUCAAAUUGAGGAAUAUAAAGGUAGUUCAAGGUCUAUGUGGAAAGUGAUUAGGGGGUGUCUGCCGAGCAAAGAUUCAGAAAAUCCGUUUACCAGAAAGACCACAAAAAAUUAGCCAAGAAUUUAAUGAAUAUUUUGCUUCUGUGGGGAAGAUUGCACCCGACAAGGUCAAGAUAUUUGCGGAAGUUAACAACAUUCAGAUAGCAACUGCUUUACCACCUGCAAGACACCGAUCUUCUCUUAAUCUGUUUGAAUUUAGAACAGUCACACCUGAUGAAGUUAGAACAAUUAUUUUAAAUAGUCCAUCAAACGAAGCUCCAGGUGCCGAUAAGAUAAAUAUUCAAUUUAUUAAAGAUUCACUUGAUUUUAGAUCUUGUUACGGAUAUUAUCAACUGUUCCUUGAUGACGUCAACAUAUCCUUCAAUGUGGAAGAUAGCAGAAGUGGUACCGCUACACAAGGAAGGGGAUCCUGAAAUCGCUUCAAAUAAUCGACCCAUUUCACUGCUAUCUAACAAACCACAGCUUAUUGACGGAGCAUCAAAGUGGUAACCGGAAAAAACAUUCUAUCGAAACACUUAACAUUGCAGUGACAGACAUGUUGUUGGAAGCUAUGGAUAAUAAACAGUUAUCUAUAGUUAUAUUGUUGGAUAUGUCGAAAGCCUUCGAUAGUUUUGAUACAACAUGCUUCUUCAAAGAAUUCUAAACCUAGGCCUAUGGGCGUUUCAAGUGGUUUAAAAGUUACUUGUCUGACAGAUAGCAGUAUGUUAGAAUUGUUACUACCUCUUCGGCGCCUGUUGCAUUGUCGUACGGAAUUCCUCAAGGCUCUGUUCUAUCGCCGUUUUUAUUUAAUAUAUACACAGAUAUCUUGUCUUCAGUUCCCAACAGUUGUAGUCUUGAAUCGUAUGUUGACGAUUCGAAAACAUUUUUAUCGUUUUCAUUGUCGCAUAUGGAACACUCAUUACUGCAUAUAGAAGAGGAUGUACACAGAGUUUUUGAAUGGUGUUGUAACAACAGUCUUCUUGUAAACCCAGAAAAGACCAAAAUGUUGGUGGUUGGUACACGGCAACUCAUGAAGCAAUUGGAAUCUCCCGUCCAUAUUAAUUUUAUGGGAGAAAAUCUUACACCUCUGACAGAGGUUAAGGAUUUGGGUAUGCUUUUGGACUCUCAUCUAAUGUACGACAAACAUAUACAAGCAUUGUCCUCAUCGUGUAUCUCAAAAUUGCGUCAGAUUGGUCGCGUGAAACACAACUUUGAUCAGUCAACACUAGUUACAAUCAUCGAUACAUUAGUCAUGAGUAAAAUUAACUAAUGUUCAACAGUAUGGUCUAAUACGUCAGAUAGCAACAUAAAAAAGAUCCAAUUAAUCCAAAAUUGCGCAGCCCGAUUAAUUACAGGGGUGCCUAAGUAUGAUCAUAUAUCACCGACAUUAAACGCGUUAGGAUGGUUGUCAAUCAAAGAACAUCUAUUGUACAGAGAUGCGUUAUUAACAUUUAAAUGCAUGAAUGACAAAGCUCCACAGUAUAUUUAUGCGAUAAUUUUGAACAACGAAACAGAAUUCAUAACCGAGAUACUAGAAGAAAUGGAGACCUAGAUAUUCCAAAAUAUAGGACAUCGAUCGGUCAAAGAUCGUUCAAAUACCGAGGGACUAAGAUAUGGAAUGGUCUAGAUACAGAGCUGAAAUAAAUUAGUGAUUUGAACAAUUUUAAGACGAAACUUAAGACAAUUCUUAUUGAGAAGCGAUGUCCUUCUUUUUAACUUUUUUAACUCAUAAACAAUAUUAUAUAGUAUAAUUUUAGUUCGCGUAAUAACUUUGAUAAGAUUGUUGUAAGUAUAUAUAGUCGAUAACUCAUAAUUUCUUCUAAAAUCGAUGUAAAUUGUCAUUGAAAAGCCCAUUUUAGGGAAUGUCAAUUAAUAAAUUCAAAUUCAAUAAGUUUUGUGUUUCGUACAUUAAACGUUAAGACUUCUUACAUAUACGCGACAACGUUUGUUUGACGUCCCCUUUGGGGAUUUAUAUUUUCUUUAGCCGACAUCCAUAUAUUAUUCGUUUUUGCGUAAGCAAUCUAUAUUAUUUCGUUUUGACAAGUAAAUUUGCAAACGCAAACAAUCUUUGUGAUUGGCCAAUUUUUAUUUUAGUUAAAAAUGGGCGUAGCCCGCAGGGGCGGAAAUGGAAAAACAGUAGAUCUCGUUCAGGCACUAUUUUCUCCCCUCUCCCUUUAUUUUCCCCUCUCCGUCCUCCCCCCUCACCUAAGAGCUGCUAGGCAAGCUAGCCUUACCUUUCCUUACCUCACGUCACCUUACCUUACCUUACUUUACCUUACGCUACCUUACAUUACCUUACGCUACCUUACGUUACCUUACGUUAUCUUACGUUACCUUACGUAACCUUACGUUACCUUACUUUACCUUACGUUACCUUACGUAACCUGAUGUUACCUUACGUCACCUUACGUUUCCUUACGUUAUUUUGCGUUAUCUUACUUUACCUUACGCUACCUUACGCUACCUUACGUAACCUUACGUUACUUUACCUUACCUUACGCUAGCUUACGCUACAUUACGUUAUCUUACGUUAUCUUGCGUCAUCUUACGCUACCUUACGUAACCUGACGUUACCUUACGCUACCUUACGUAACCUGACGUUACCUUACGUCACCCUACGUUACCUUACGCCAUCUUACGCUACUGUAAGGCACUGUCACACUAUUGCGUAUCGUACUAGCGUAUGCCAGCGUAUGAAAAAUAUCACUCAUACGCUGGUAUACGCUGACAUACGCUAGGGGUACGUUAGGCAUAGGUUGUAUACGUUUCAAGGACGGUCGCAUACGGUAGCAUACGGCGAGGCAUUUUAAGCAUGUUCAAAAAUUGUGUGCGUAUCGGACGUAUGCUUUAUACGAUAAGCAUACUCUAGGCACACUUUGAAUAUGCUAGAGGUAUACGCCAGAUGUACGGUACUCAUACGCUGGCAUUUCAAAGGAUUUUUGUGCGUAUGAAAAUUAAUGAAAUAAUUUUCAUACGCACAAAAAUCCUUUGAAAUGCCAGCGUAUGAGUACCGUACACCUGGCGUAGCUCUAGCGUAUUUAGCGUGUGCCUAGAGUAUGCUUAUCAUAUAAAGCAUACGUCCAAUACGCAAAAAUUUUUGAACAUACUUAAAAAAAAUGUUCUGCCUCGCCGUAUGCCAGCGUAUGCACCGUACGCGACCGUGCUUGAAACGUAUACAACCUAUGCCUAACGUACCCCUAGCGUAUGUCAGCGUAUACCGGCGUAUGAGUGCUAUAUUUCAUACGCUGGCAUACGCUAGUAAGAUACGCAAUAGUGUGACAGGGCCUUUACCUCGCCUAACCUUACCUUACCGUUUGCCUUAUCCAACCUUGUCUUGCACUCUCCAAUUAAACACUUUGCCUUUGGUACUGUACGUUAUCCAUCAUGUGGACAAAAGUUACUUCUUUAACCAGUUGCUUCACCUUAAGUUACCUUAAUUUAGAUACGAUCGAUUAUUCUCCCUAGAUGUGGCAGCGUCUAUCCAGGGUAGCAUAACGAUUAGUAAUCGUGAAUACAAACCAGAGUAUGACAACACAAACAGCAGGGAAUAUUAUGAUAUUACAGAAGAAAUCAUCAUUGCGGUAUGGAAAUCUUAAUUUUUCAGGCUUGUAGUUUUAUUAUUAUUAUUAUUAUUAUUAUUAUUAUUGAGACAGCUAGGUAAAAAUUUUAACCAAGUUAAAUUUAUAAAUCUCUCCAUCAGCUCUUUAGGUAUUUUUGCAGAAGAAUGUUAUACAUUUUUAGACAUGUUAGAAAGUAUUGGUCUUGACAAAAACCACCAAAUGUACUGCGUUAAGAAAAUGAUGACUAUUGCUAUUAGAACUACAUAUUACAUUUUUUGCUGCCGAAAUAAAGAAUGGGAAAAUCCGGAUUUACUAACAAUUUGACUUAUCUGAUUGUAUAUAUAUAUAUAUAUAUAUAUAUUGCAUGCACUUUGUUCUGUUAUUUUAUUUUAGUUUAGUAUAAUUGUGAUUUAAAUAGCCAACCGUAAGUUACCUUUAUGAGAGAGAUUUACGAUUGUAUAUGUAUGUAAAGAAAAAAAGAUUCUAUUUUCGAUUUUCUAUCUGGUGCCAAUGGUCCGAUAUGAUUAUCCGAGUUGACAAAUGCAGUACCUUUGGCAUUAAAAAAGCGAUCACAAAAUCAGUUCAGUACUUGCCAAAACUCCUCAUCAGCAAUCAACUAAUACCAAAAAUCACCAUUGGAGAAUCAUUUCAAUAUUUAGGACGUUACUUUGAUUUCCACAUGUCGAAUGAUAAUCACAAAACUGAACUAACCACCCUACUUAACGAACUAAUGUCUGAUAUUGACUCAAAGCCACUACACCCCAAAAAUAAACUGCUCCUCUACAGUCGCUACGUCUUGUCCAAGUUAGCCUGGCACUUCACCGUCGCAACACUCUCUAAAACAUGGGUUACUGAAAAUAUCGACUCUAUUGCCAACAAAUAUAUCCGCAGAUGGCUUGAUGUACCAAUAUCAGGAACACUAAGUACUGUCUUUCUAACAAAUAACAAAUUUGGCCUGAGUAUUUAUCCUCCAUCUGUAAAAUUUAUCCAGUGUCAAACAGUCCUCCGAAAAGCUUUAAAAUCUUCUCCUAAUGAAUCAACUAACGACCUGUGGAGAGCAACCAGUAACCAUACUAAUAUCCAAUAUGACGCUUAUAACUCUACUAAGGAAGUUCUCAAAGAUUUCCGUUCUGGACACGAAAACAAACUCCUAACCCAAUUAACCAGUCAAGGAUCCUUUUUCUGCAGCGUCACGAAGUUCGCUUUACCUCAGCUUAGCAAGGUGUGGUCCGUCGCCCAAUCAAAGCUCCCGAAAAACAUUUACAACUUUACCAUUCGUUACAUUAACAACUCUCUUCCGACGCGCCAAAACCUAAACAGAUGGGCAAUAUCUUCAAAUUCAGACUGUUCUUUUUGUCUUAGCCCUGAAACAUUACUACACAUAGUAGCUGGAUGUCAGUUUUAUCUCGACCGAUUUACGUGGAGACACAAUUCAGUCCUGAACUUUCUUGCUCAUCAGCUACAAACUGUUGACGGUUCUACUCUCUACGCUGAUCUAAAUGGAUUCAAAAGCCCUUCAAUACUUACUGGUGAUACGUAUCGCCCAGAUUUGUUAUUAUCGUGCUCAAAUGGUUCCUUAUAUGUGGUUGAACUCACCACUGGUUAUGAGACAAACCUCAAAAACAAUGUAAAACGGAAGAAGGAUAAAUAUAGAGAACUAUUGAGACAGCUAG